UGAAGCGGGUUGUGAAAAUGUCUCUUGUGCUCAGCCCCUCCACGCGGUGAUGAUCUCACUUUGCCCCGCACAUCUCUACUCAUCGCAGCCAGUGGACCUGUGGAGAGUGCAGGAUGUGGAACAACACUAACCUCAGCUCCGGGAGCAGCAACAAUUCCCUGCCAGGGUCUGAACAAUGUACUUCGGUGUCUAUCGCCUUCCCGGUCAUCAUGAUGGUCACGGGCAUCUUGGGCAACACGCUUGCCUUGCUCCUAGCGUACAGGUCCUAUCACAAGAAGGGGAACAAGAAGAAGAAGUCUUUCUUGAUAAUUAUUGGAGCCCUGGCUCUAACCGACCUGAGCGGCAAACUUCUCAUUAGUCCCGUCGUCAUUUCAGUGUAUCUAGCCAACCGGCAGUGGAGUAGAGUGGACACAUCGGGUAACUUGUGCGCUUACUUCGGCGCAUGCAUGACCAUGUUUGGGCUCUGCCCCUUAUUUCUAGCUAAUGCUAUGGCGAUUGAGAGGACGUUGGCCAUCUAUGCACCCCACUAUUAUUCCAACCACGUGUCAACCAGGCUCACCAAGCUGGUGGUGUUUUCCAUCUGGUUCGCCGUAGUGAUCUUUGCCCUGCUGCCGGUCGUUGGCGUUGGGCAGUACACCCUACAGUGGCCGGGUACUUGGUGUUUCAUCGAUAUUGGAAAGCCUGCCGUGGGCAUCAACUUUUUUGCUUCGGCAUUCACUCUGCUGGGGAUCAUUUCCUUGCUGGUCACACUCGUCUGCAACUUCGCUACAAUCCGAGGUCUGGUAAUUCGCUGUAGGAAGAAGGUGCCGUCCUCCAAUAAGCAAUGGGAAAGAAUCGCAGUGGAAACACUGAUCCAGCUAUCGGGGAUCAUGUGUGUGCUCUCUGUUUGCUGGUCGCCUCUCUUGGUAUUGAUGCUGAAAAUGAUCUACAUCAAAAGUUCGCCUGAGGCCUGCUCCGUUUCUUUUCUAGCCAAGUCAUCAAUCUCCAACACUGAGCAGCAAAGUAAUUGCAGUUCUCUCCUCACAGCGAUUAGACUGGCAUCAUUAAAUCAGAUCCUUGACCCCUGGGUUUAUUUGCUACUCCGAGCAAUCCUAUUAAGGAAGGCACAUCAGGUGGCCACUGCUGUUACUAAUUGCUCGGUAGAGGGUUUGAAAGAGGUUCCAGUAACAGCUGAAGUAAGGGUCCAUUUGAGAAAACAACCAUAAAUCAAUGCCUUACAGCCUGAUUGACGGCAAGAUGAGGAAAAUUUGAACACUUUAGACUGUGCAUGUAAACCAGCUCUUAAUUAUUCUUCUAAAGUUUAGUUCCUUACUAGAUAACUGCAUAACUAAUGGACACCCAGGAAAUGACAGAGAACCUCUGUCUUGUGUCAAACAAUAGCUCAUAUGAAAUAGGAAUUUCGUACUUGGGAAGAAGACAGCAGCAUCAAAACGGAUAAGGAAGUUUUAAAAAAAUGAUUAUAUGCUUCUAUGUCUAAUACAGAAUUGCAGACUAACUGCAUUCAGAAGUAUCUAAACAAUAUUCUCUUCGUGAAAGUUACCAAUAUAUAUGCAUAUGAUAACUGUACAAUUUAAAGGCAAUAUUAAAUAUUUGCACAUAUAGUGUUGUAGUUAAUGUGGUAAUUAUUUUUUUCUUAUAUAAUUCAGAAAUCAGUGACAUAUAAUUAAGACCAAAGACCAUAAGACACAGGAGCAAAAUUAGACUUCUCCAGCAUUUCAUCAUGGCUGAUCCAUUUCCCCUUUCAACGCCAUUUUCCUGUCUUCUCCUCAUAACCUUUCAUGCCUUGACUAAUCAAGAGCUUAUCAACCUCUGCCAUAAACAUCCUAUGACCUGGCCUCCAUAGCUGCCUGUGGCAACAAAUUCCAAAAUUCAGUGCCCUUGCUAAUGAAAUUCCUCUGCAUUUCCAUCUCAGUGGUUGUUCCUUAAUUCUGAAGCUGUGCCCUCUGGUUCUAACCUUCCCCCACUACAGAGGUCAUUUUCUCCAUGUCCAACUUAAAACUUUUAGGUUUAAAUGGGAUCCCCCCCACCAUACUUCAAAAUUCUAGGAAGUAAAGGCCCACAGCCAUCGAUCACUCCUCAUACAAUAAAUCUUCCAUUUCCAGAGUCAUUUUUGUGAACCUUCCCUGAACCCUCUCCAAUGUCGCACAUCCGUUGUUAGAUCAGUGGUCCAAAACUGUUCAUAAUACUCCAAAUGAGGUUUCAGCAGUGCCUUAUAAAGCCUCAGCAUUACAUCCCUACUUUUAUAUUCUAGUUCACUGGAAAUGAAUGUUAACAUUGCAUUCGCCUUCCUCACCAUGGACUCAACCUGCAAGUUAACACUUAGGGAAUCCUGCAGAGGACCCUCAAGUCCCUUUGCACCUCGGAUUUUGAAUUUUCUCUCUGUUUAGAAAAUAGUCUAUGCAUUUAUUCUUUCUACCAAAGUGUAUAACCAAUACUUCCCAACAUAGUAUUCAAUCUGCCUCAUUUUUGCCCAUUCUCCUAAUUUGUCUAAGUCCUUCUGCAGCCUACCACUUUCUACAUUCCCUGCCCUUCCACUUAUGUUCAUAACGUCAACAAACCUGGCCACAAAGCCAUCAAUUCCAUCAUCCAAAUCAUUAACAUAUAAUGUAGAAAGAAGUGACCCCAACACCAACCCUUGUGGAACACCACUGAUCAGCAGCAGCCAAUAAGAAAAGGCUCCCUUUAUUCCUAUUCUUUGCUUCCUGCCAAUUGGCCACUGCUUUAUCCAUGCUACAAUCCUUCCUGUAAUUUCAUAGCUUGUUAAGCAGCCUCAUGUGUGACACCUUGUCAAAGGCCUUCUGAAAACCCAGGUACACAACAUCAACUGAUUCUCCUUUGUCUAUCCUCAGCGCCAGAGUCCCCGUUGCUGCGGUCCCCCCCAACCCCCACCCCGGUAGGUCAUCUCCUCCAAAAGUAUCCAAAGCGGGGUUACUCUGCACUGGCUGUCCAUGUCCUUUCCCUCUUCUGACAGUCACCCAGGUACCUGCCUCCUGCUACUUAGGGUUGACUACCUCCCUGUAGCUCCUAUUUUCCAGUUUAUGCCAAAGGUCAUCGCGCUGCAGCUCCAGUUCCUUAGCAAGUUCCCUGAGGAGCUGCAGCAAUUAAAUACAGAAUUUAUGUAAUGCAGAUCCAAAAUUUAAUUUGAAGAGUUGUAUUUUAAUCAUAUGGAAUUCAUCAGUGAUGUAUUUUUCAAUAUGGAGUUGUUAUUGUCACUGUAAGAGUGUUAAUUACAUUGUAUAUAUAUAUAUAUGUGUGUGUGAGAGAGAGA